CGUGUACCGCAAAAACAAAACAAAACAUAAAGGAUGGGGCAGUAACGGAGCUGCUGGAGGAAGACGGUAAAAGAAAAACAUUCUCAAUGCCAGCAGCCAUCACCUACUGACUGUUGGUUACAAGCCAGGCACUGUGAUAAGGGUUUUAUACAGACUGUCUGACUUACUUUUCUCAUGACCUUGUAGUAGGUACUACCAUUUAACCCAUUUUACAGAUGAGGGAUGUAAAAAUCAGAGAGGUUAAGAAAUUCACUUGAGGUCACAGAGCUAGCAACUAGAAGAGCUAGGACUCAGGCCCAGCUCUGUUGGACGUCAAAGCCUCAAUUCAUAACUGCUGCUCUCUAUCACCUUCUGAUAUUGAUUCAGGGGCAUUUCCUCUCGCCAUGCCUGGUGUAGGCUAGGAAACGCAAUGUCUUCCAACAUCCCCAAGAGUGAGGAGCUGGGUGAUGAGCUAAUUUGGAGGUGUACUUCAAAAGCCCUGCCACGACUGAGCUGUCUGUCGGGUCCGUGAGCCCUCGGAGCAGAGAUGCUCUCAUCCGUCAUCAGGGAAUACUCACUCCAUUGUGUCAGGCCCCACCUCAAUGUUUUUUUAUUGUCUGCUCUUCGCCAUGAGUAACGCCACUUUCCAUUUUAAGCUGGGAGCUUCAGGAGAUGACCGCAUUAUAAGCCAGGGUUGAAAGCUAAGCGCUGCCUGGGGGAUUACUCACCCACUAUAGGAUGCAGCCAACAUCUCACCCUCCCACUCAGGAUGCUGCUGGAAUAUCCUCUUCCUUGCCAAAGCCUAAAGGAAAUCUGGUUUCUCCCGGAAUCAGGCUAGGAAUGGUGCCAGGUUAUCAGAAAGUUGGCAAGUUAACUGGUUCUCCAAGUGGAACUACUGUGGUUGCUCUGGUCCCCUCCUGGGUGGUUGCUUGUUUAUUCAUUUGGCAUUUGUGGAAGACCUACUAUGUGCCAGGCACUCUGUUCCAUGAGAGAGCUACUGCAGUGAUCUACAUGGCUUUAGUUCUUGUCUUCAGAGAGCUAAGUCUAGGGGAGAAUAAGCAGGUGAUUCCAAUAAAAUGUCAUAACCAGGAGAAUGUAAUAGAGAAUAUGACGAUGGGAAGCUCAGAGAGUUUGGGGAACUAACAGCUGAAGAAUUUAUGUCAACAUAGGAGAAUCAGGAGCUGGCUAAGUUCCUUAAUUGUAAGCAACCAAAAAUGACUUUGACUGCUAGUAAACAGAAAGAGAAUUUGGAGAAGCUGGGGUUGCCCACAGAAUCACUGGGAAGGUGUGGUAGGACUGAAUCACACUGCAAGAAGGGUCCAGCCAGACCAAGACCUGUGUGUGUGUCUGGCGGGGUAUCCCUCGAAUACAGGACAGGGCUUUAGAUGCUGGGCAGUCAAAAAGGAUGACAAAUGUCCAGGACAAUAGGUAGAAGUGGGGAAGAUGGGGGGCAGAAGGCUGUCUCAGAAUGACCUAAGAUACUGAGUCAGAAAAACCAAAAGGAACAGCUUAAAGAAGCACUGACUUAACUGAAGUGAGCAGGCACUGGAGCCACAGCCAGGCUCUCAGGCACUUCCUUAAUGAGUGAAGUUUGCUGCUCAACCGAAGACUUCGAGGCUCUGUGGGGAAAAAAGCCUAUUGCCAGCAGCCUUGAAAGCGCCAUAACCAGGAGCUGCUCAGCCAUGGCUGAAGGGGAAAUCACAACCUUCACAGCCCUGACCGAGAAGUUUAAUCUGCCUCCAGGGAAUUACAAGAAGCCCAAACUCCUCUACUGUAGCAACGGGGGCCACUUCCUGAGGAUCCUUCCAGAUGGCACAGUGGAUGGGACAAGGGACAGGAGUGACCAGCACAUUCAGCUGCAGCUCAGUGCGGAAAGCGUGGGGGAGGUGUAUAUAAAGAGUACGGAGACUGGCCAGUACUUGGCCAUGGACACCGACGGGCUUUUGUACGGCUCACAGACACCCAAUGAGGAAUGUUUGUUCCUGGAAAGGUUGGAGGAAAACCAUUACAACACCUACGCAUCCAAGAAGCAUGCAGAAAAGAAUUGGUUCGUUGGUCUCAAGAAGAACGGAAGCUGCAAACGCGGUCCUCGGACUCACUACGGCCAGAAAGCAAUCUUGUUUCUCCCCCUGCCAGUCUCCUCUGAUUAAAGAAAUCUGUGCUGGGUGCUGAUCACUCCAGAGGAGCCCGAAGGGGUCCUCACCCGACUGACCCCAAAUUGUACCCUUGAUCAUUGGCCGCCCUAACCCCUGGCCCACAGAGCCUAAACUUGUAACGUGCUUCUAAACGCCCAGUUCACUUUUUUUGUAAAGCCCUUCACCCUGGCACAGUUUGGAACCGAGGGACCAAAUGGCUUUUAGGGGCCAACUGGCUGGCCAGUCUGGGUCUGGUUUGGAAGUCCAGUUGCCUCUGGGCAUCUGAUGCAGACUGAGCCUCUUAAUGCACGGGUGGAACCAAAUGAAGUGCGAGCAGAGGGCUGCCGAGUGGGUUGUAACUGCAUGCAAUUCCCUCUACAGAGUAAACCCCGCCCGCAAGUCCCCUGAAUACCUGGCAUGACUCCCUUUCAUCCUUUCAAUCCCCCACGAUUAUUAGCAGAGAAGCUAUGGCUACGUUAGAGGAAGGCAGCUUUCCAUGAGUGGAAACAGGGAUGAAUAAAUCCCCUCUCAGAAGGGAUUCAAAUGGCAAGGGGAGACUGACUGGAUUCUAGCGGACAGCUUAGAAGGAUGGGAUCUCAAUGCGCAAUGAAUGAAGGCUGAGAGGCUCAGGCACAGGAGAGCAGAAUGAAGGCAAAGCCUUGCGAGUUCUUACAAUGCCUUGACUUCCCCAAGGUUAUUCGGCAGCAGGAAGCCCCUCGAUGAUGUCAGGUGGAGAAGAGAACUAGGUUCUUGAUAAAAGCCAGGACUCUGGGUAUUGGGAAAUUCAUUUGGGUCUGGGGAGUGGGUGUGGGAGUGAUGAGAAAGGGAAACAUGGGCUGAGGGGACAUUAUCCUCCAAAGAGGAUGAUUCUAGAAGUGAGAAGGAAAGAGAAGGGGAUGCCAUGACCUGUGCUUGGCCACCAGAAAGCGGAGGCUUUGGGGUCCUGGGGCAGUGCUUACAAAUCAUAUGGGCGGUUCUGGUUCAGUAGGUCUGCCGUAGAGUUUUCCCAUUUCUCACAAGCUCCCAGGUGCUGUAGAUGCUGCUGCCUCUCCCCACCCCCCGUACUUUAAGUAGCAAAGUCCCUAAAAGCGUUAUUCAAAUGAAGGGGGCUCAAACCCCGACCCUCCCGGCCACACCCUUAAAAAUGCAUGUCCCAUGGAUCUUCCCGCACUCAGGCAGCAUCAGCAGUUAUGCCUGAGUUAGGGAGUCGGGGUUGAAGGCACUUUGGCCCAAUGCCUGUAAAAUGCCCAUUUAGAAGAUAUACAAAAGCAUACUUCAAAAAUGUUAAACCCUCACAAACAGCUUUUCCCAGGACGCCAUGUGUGUGACGGUUACUUAUAUAAAUAUGCUUCCUGCUUAAAGUAAACCUGACCCAAGCGGCUAGCAAAUUAGAAAUACCAUUCAUCUCUGACAUGAUACUGUUGCCAUGUAAAGGCCUUUAAUAAGCCAUUUAAAUUUACUGUGAGACUAUGCCUUUUAGUCACAUUUAAAAAUAUAUAGCUCAAAGGCAGUUAAACUGAGAAUGAUAAUAAUAGGAUACGAUAUAUAAGCUCCUCAAUUAUCUACUACUUAGACUACAUUUACCUUAGAAAAUGAGAUUUUUCUUUGUUUUCCACUGUGCUAUUAUAAAUUUUCCUUUGCAAAUGGGGAUUCUUAAGCAAUGAUAUAAUUGUGCAUAAAAACUGAUGAGAAUGCUAGCUCAUGUUUUAUGAUCAAUUGCAGUAAUUAUCAAUUGAAAGGUAAUUCCUUAGUAACUGAACUAUUCUGAAUGGAAGAAAAAUGACAAUUUGUGAAAGUUCAGUGUGAUACUACAAUUGUGGAACUGAAACACGUUAACGCUACAGUUAUAUCAUUCUGCAUUUGUACAGCAAAACGUUUCAUAACUGUUUUUGUUUUUGUAACUUGGAUAAGACAAUUUGAUUUUAUUUUAGUAAAUCUUUGCAGGCAAGUUGGGAAUAGUGCACUGUGGCUUGACAUCUCUUGACUAUGAAGAUUUGGCCAGAAAAAGGUACCCACAGAGGAAAUCCAAGAUAUUUAUAAUGGUCCAUAAUUUUUAGUGUAUGAAUCAAAUUCAAGUAUAAGAUUGGCCAAAAAAAAUGAAAGCUGUGGCUAACAGAUGAGAUGGAAGUCUGUGGUUGCAGAGACCCAAGGCAUUGAGAGGAAAUACUACUGUGACCUUGACAACCUCAGCGCAGUGGCUAUUCCUGUAUUUGUUCAAUGAAUAUGUAAGUGCCAACGGUGUGCCAGGCGUUUUACUGGGUCCUGGGGCUCCUGGGGACCUUGUCUGUCUGGUUUGCUGCUGUAUUCUCUCCCAGGGCAUUAUAUUUAUGACGCAAGAUGCUGAGGAUCCAUUUCUUUCAGUCAAGUAAAAACAGAGACUUUGUAGGUUCCUGCUGAAUAAACAACAAGGCCCAGAAACCAAGGUUUUGGAAGAAUGAGCAACCCCCAGCGUAAGAUAAACCUCUAUGGAAGUGUCAGAGGACAUGGCAAGGUAAACCUAAAUCUUCAACUGCAGAACCGUGUCAGUUCAGGGGGACCACUUUCAAAUCAGGAAAAAAAAGGCUGUCCGAUCUUGUAAGAAGGGAGUCCGUGGCAGCUGCCUGCUCCGUUCUGAACAUGUUCUCGUUCCUCAAACAUGGAGCAUUCCUGUUGCUCUCUCUCUCCCUUGAGAAAGUCCUGGAGCCAUCUGCCCAUCAGAUGCCUCUCGUGUGGAUUCACUUUCAGGCCAACUGUUAUGAAUUGCCUGACAUUCUAUACAAAGCAUCAGGAACGUAUAUGCUUUUGGAUUGUUUUCAAUGUGGUGGUGGAGGUGGUGGAGAUCUGUUUCCUUGGCAGGGGUGAUAAUUAAAGCCUCCUAUGUAAGGCCAACAGUGUGGACUUACAAAAAACUGACUGGAGCAUCACAUGUUAAUGAAGAUCAGGGUCCUUGCUUUGUGUCAGAGACAGAGCCCAGGCCCUCAGCCUUGUAGAACAUACUGUUCAAAUCAACCAAGUUCCUGGGCUACAAAGCAGACCUCUGAAGAAGAAGAUGCCUGUCAUUUUACAUCACUCUCUCUUUUUUUUUUUUUGCACCUUAAAAAUAUUAAUAAAUGUUCCACUUAUAGGGGAUAAUGUCUCUCUGACUUUUUGAGCAUCAUCAUGUCUCAUCUUCCUAUUGAAGGACUUAGCCAGCAUCCCUGAGGUGUGGCUGCUUGGUUUUCUACACUUAGCUUGUUACCAGAUACGAAACUUUGAAGGCUGAUAGGAAUAAUAUUUUUCAUUUUGUUUAGAAACCUAAGGCAAUCAUGGUGCUUUUCUAGGGAUCCAUUAGGGAAAUAUAUUCAGGAAGUUUGUCCCCUGAAGCGCCAAGGACCAUAACUAACUCAGCCGACACUAUUUCUUCAUCUGUAGCAUAUGAAAUUAUGCUACUAUUGUAAAGCUGACCAGCUUGCGCUUCGGCAAAAACACAGUGACCUGAAAAAAAUUUUAAGGACUUAUUUACAAUUUUAAGUCAAUGGCAAGAGGUGCAUCUCUUGCAUCUCCAGGACCUUGAUGUGGGGCUAGAGGUUUGCCCAUCAGAUUUUCUGAAAUUAUUAUCACAUUAAAAAACAUCUCCUCAAAUAAA